AUGGAGCUGACGAUAGUCAGCACUUCUCUCGUCACCAUCGCCAACGACUUGGGGGAUUUCAGUAAGAGUAGGUGGAUUAUUGAAGCGUAUAUGCUUACAUACAGCAAAUUCAGCGAUAUAUUCUGGCGUAAAUUGGGAUUUCUCUGCACCGCCAGCACCUUUGUGAUAUUCUCAGGUGCAUGCGGAGCGAGUCAAACGAUCACUCAGUUAAUUGCCUUCCGGGCAUUCCAAGGCAUCGGAGCCUCUGGAUGCUACGCUCUUGCUGUCGUCAUGUCCUUCGAGCUGCUUCCGAAGCGCGAGUGGCCCACCUACAUGGCAUUAUCGACUCUCGCCCUCGUCCUGGCAAUGGGUCCAGGCCCCGUGCUUGGAGGCGCGAUAAACAUUAAAGGCGACUGGUGCUGGGUGUUUCUUUUCAAAUACUUUCCUCCCCUGCCGCUUUUCCUUUUCCUUACAUCUAACGAAGCCAGCAUCCCACCUGGCAUUGCCUCCAUAGUCCUCCUGCACGCGUAUACUCGGGGGUGGUGUGGGUGUGUAGGGCCAUCUGCGGCGGUCUACCUUCCUUCUUAUAAUUACGCUACAUCAACACUGAUGGUAAGCCAGACCUUCACGCAAAUCAACACAGUGACGGCGCUCCUUGCCAGUGGCACAACUUGGAGCAGUGUUCCGUAGCUGGGUAGAGAGAGGAAUGCGCUGUGUCAAUAGGAGGUCGGACUGCGUCACGACAUAGAAAGUCCCAGCAAUAUUCGUCGAAGCGAGGCAAGAGUAGG